UCGGCGGCGGGGCUGCGGCGCGGGGGCGGCAUGGGCGACGCCACCAGCCCCCUCAGCGUGAUCCUGGUGAGCUCGGGCAGCAGGGGCAAUAAGCUGCUCUUCAGGUACCCCUUCCAGCGCAGCCAGGAGCACCCCGCGUCCCAGGUCAGCCACGUAGCAGGUAUGCUGUUAACAAUACCGGGGACCAUGUUGAUGACCAGGACGGCGACUCCAGUGUGUACUCCUCGGGUUGAGUCUUCGUCUCAAAUCUUCUGUGGGUGCCUGCGGAUGGCAAGUUACCUCCCGCCCCUCCCAGACCUGGGUGUUGUGGGAACGUCCAUGUCUCAGUGGUUUUCAGAUGUUAUUCUGGCAACAAUUUUGGCAACCAAGUCUGAAAUGUGUGGCCAAAAAUUUGAGCUGAAGAUCGAUAAUGUGCGAUUUGUUGGGCACCCAACGUUACUGCAGCAUGCUCUGGGGCAGAUCUCCAAAACAGAUCCAUCUCCGAAGAGGGAUGCACCUACCAUGAUUCUCUUCAACGUGGUGUUUGCGCUGAGGGCCAACGCUGACCCAUCGGUGAUAAACUGUCUGCACAACCUGUCUCGGCGCAUUGCCACGGUGCUGCAGCAUGAGGAGCGCCGCUGCCAGUACCUCACUAGAGAGGCCAAGCUGAUCCUGGCGCUCCAGGAUGAGGUGUCCGCGGUGGCUGAUGCCAGUGAAGGCCCCCAGUCCCCGUUCCAUCACAUCCUGCCCAAGUGCAAGCUGGCCCGGGACCUCAAGGAGGCUUACGACAGCCUGUGCACCUCUGGCGUGGUGCGGCUCCACAUCAACAGCUGGCUGGAGGUGAGCUUCUGCCUGCCCCACAAGAUCCACUACGCUGCUUCCAGCCUGAUCCCCCCCGAGGCCAUUGAGCGCAGCCUGAAAGCCAUCCGCCCGUACCAUGCCCUGCUGCUGCUCAGUGACGAGAAGUCCCUGCUCGGUGAACUGCCUGUGGACUGCUCCCCGGCCCUGGUGCGCGUGAUCAAGACCACGUCUGCCGUGAAGAACCUGCAGCAGCUGGCCCAGGACGCCGACCUAGCGUUGCUGCAGGUUUUCCAGCUUGCAGCUCACCUGGUGUACUGGGGCAAGGCCAUCAUCAUCUACCCACUGUGCGAGAACAACGUCUACAUGCUGUCUCCCAACGCCAGCGUGUGUCUGUACUCCCCGCUGGCAGAACAGUUCUCCCGCCAGUUCCCGGCGCACGACCUGCCGUCCGUCCUGUCCAAGUUCUCCUUGCCCGUCUCUCUGUCAGAAUUUAGGAACCCCUUGGCCCCCCCUGUACAGGAGACCCAGCUCAUCCAGAUGGUGGUGUGGAUGCUGCAGCAUCGGCUGCUCAUCCAGCUGCACACCUACGUCUGUCUGAUGGCCUCACCCAGCGAGGAGGAGCCCCGCCUGCGAGAGGAUGACGUCCCCUUCACUGCUCGGGUCGGCGGCCGCAGCCUCAGCACACCCAAUGCCCUCAGCUUCGGCUCCCCAACCAGCAGCGAUGACAUGACCCUCACCAGCCCCAGCAUGGACAACUCCAGCGCAGAGCUGCUCCCCAGUGGGGACUCGCCACUGAACAAGAGGGUGACCGAGAACCUGCUGGCCAGCCUGUCGGAGCACGAGCGGGCGGCCAUCCUCAGCGUGCCCGCGGCCCAGAACCCCGAGGACCUCCGCAUGUUUGCCAGGCUCCUUCACUAUUUCCGUGGCCGCCACCACCUGGAGGAGAUCAUGUACCACGAGAACACGCGGCGCUCCCAGCUGCUCAUGCUAUUUGACAAAUUCCGCAGCGUGCUGGUGGUGACCACCCACGAGGACCCCGUCAUAGCUGUCUUCCAGGCACUGCUCACGUGAGCCAGUCUCCAGAGCAGCUGGAGGGAGCCGUGCCGUGCGCCUCGCAGACCUGCUCCCGCCUUGCCUGUGCCAGCCUGAGGAGCGGGCAGCCAC